CAAGGAAAGAGGACGUCAUUUCCAACCUCAUGAAUAUAUUCCAUAAAAACCUUUUCAAUCUACGAUCACCAAAAACAGGUUUUGUUUCGCCUCAUGCUUCCGGGUCUGUUCCACACACAUCUACACCGAAGGCACACGAGAAUGAUUCAUCUGUAUUUAUCAUUUCGGAACAAAUCGAAGAAAGUGAUAUAAAGAUGAGGGAUUCCAAUCGAUUGAACCAAGAUCAGCUAUUUAUGGACAGUCAAGGAAACAAAGACAAACAAGAACACGACGGAGAAAGAACAACUAAACGAAAACGUACCACAGAGACACCCGAGAGAGAUGAACUUGAGCAGAGAGAUGCGGCAAAAGAAAAACAAAUUCCAAACCAAAUCUAA